CUGGAGGAGGGGCAGGGCCUGACAUGUUGGGUCCUGUGGAGCUGAGUUAGCCCUAGGACAGUCAGCCUGUCCCUGGUGACGGAGUGCUGUGUCGUCCCUGGGGAGUAGUGCCCCAGGCUGUUGGGAGACAGGGUGAUAUCAGCCAGCCCACCAAACGGUCAUCAUGGCCACUGCUGAAGAGGGUGUGCUGCAUGCCAGGCUGCGUCUGCUCUGCCCUCCCAUUUUACAGCUCCAGCGACUGAGGCCUAGGGGGUCCCUAGAAAGCCAAGACAGGACCGGAAUCUAGGUUGUCUGAUCCACGAACUGGAGGUUCUUGGCUACCUGCUUUCCUGCUUUGUGGUCUCAGAGCCUUAAGAAAGGGAUGGACAGGAGCCAGCUAAGGAUCGGCAGGAGUGGAUUGUGGGGCUUUUGGGGGCCAUGCCCCUCACUUAUUCCCUGCUGAGAGUCAGAGCUGGUGGAGAGGGUGCCCAGGGCCUGUCCCAGCCUCUGUACCUCUUUAACUCCCUCCUUCAGGUUGUGACCCCUGUCACCUUCUCCUGAAAGCCCUCCCUGACUUCCUGUCUAGGGGAGGCCCCCUUACAGGGUCACCUGGCAUUCGGACUUGGGGUGUUCAUGGCCUAAGGCCUGACUUAUCUGGGCCAGGGGUUUUCUGAGUUCAUUUGCUGCUCUACCCCAGCCCCCAUGAGGCCUUGAGCUCAGUAGGUGUGUACUGAAUGAACCAGUGACAAUGAAGGAACACAGCUUUCAGAAUCCCUGGGGCCCAGCUUCAUGGCGUCCGAGGAGAUGCACUGGCCCGUCCCUAUGAAAGCCAUUGGUGCCCAGAACCUGCUAACCAUGCCAGGGGGCGUGGCCAAGGCUGGCUACCUGCACAAGAAGGGUGGCACCCAGCUGCAGCUACUCAAGUGGCCCCUGCGCUUUGUCAUCAUCCACAAACGAUGCAUUUACUACUUCAAGAGCAGCACGUCCGCCUCCCCGCAGGGUGCCUUCUCGCUGAGCGGCUACAACCGGGUGAUGCGAGCGGCUGAGGAGACAACAUCCAACAAUGUCUUCCCCUUCAAGAUUGUCCACAUCAGCAAGAAGCACCGCACAUGGUUCUUCUCUGCUUCCUCUGAGGACGAGCGCAAGAGCUGGAUGGCCUUGCUGCGCAGGGAGAUUGGCCAUUUCCACGAGAAGAAGGAGCUGCCCCCGGAAGCCAGCGACUCCAGCUCAGACACAGACAGCUUCUAUGGCGCAGUUGAGCGGCCUGUGGACAUCAGCCUCUCUCAGUACCCCACGGACAAUGAAGACUAUGAGCAUGACGAUGAGGACGACUCGUACAUGGAGCCUGACUCCCCUGAGCCCGUGAAGCCCGAAGAUGCCCUGACCCACCCGCCAGCCUACCCGCCACCUCCUGUGCCCACGCCCAGGAAGCCAGCCUUCUCUGACGUGCCCCGUGCCCACUCCUUCAUCUCAAAGGGCCUGGGCCCUCUGCUGCCACCCCCACCCCCUAAGCGUGGUGUCUCUGAUGCUGGCCCAGCCCUCGAGGACUCGAAGAGGGAACUGCCGGGCCUGAGGCGGGCUGAGCCUGGCCUCAGGGUGCCUGCUCCCUCCCGAAGGAUGAGUGACCCUCCAGUGGGCAGCCUGCCCACUGUGCCCAGCCUCCAGAAAUCCCCUUGCUUCCGUGAGAGCACCAGCCCCAGCCCAGAGCCUCGGGUCCCCAGCCAUGGGGCCAGCUCUGCCUCUAGCGCUGCUACCACGGCCACUGUUGCCUCCAAGAACUGUGACAAGCUCAAGUCCUUCCACCUGUCCCCCCGGGGGCUGUCCACGUCCGAGCCCCCACCGGUGCCAGCCAACAAGCCCAAGUUCCUGAAAAUGACUGAAGAGGCCCCCCCGAGGGAGGCAGCCAAGCCCGGACUCUUUGUGCCCCCUGUGGCCCCCAGGCCUCCUGCACUGAAGCUGCCUAUGCCCGAGACCACAGCCAGGCCCGCAGUCCUGCCCAGGCCAGAGAAGCCACCCCUCCCCCACCUCCAGCGGUCGCCCCCCGAUGGGCAGAGUUUCAGGAGCUUCUCCUUUGAAAAACCCCGGCGGCCCUCGCAGGUUGACACCACGCGUGCUGACACUGGUGGGGAGGACUCUGAUGAAGACUAUGAGAAGGUGCCACUGCCUAACUCGGUCUUUGUCAACACCACAGAAUCCUGUGAAGUUGAAAGGUUAUUCAAAGCCACGAACCCCCGGGGAGAGCCCCAGGAUGGACUCUAUUGCAUCCGGAACUCCUCCACUAAGUCGGGGAAGGUUCUGGUCGUGUGGGACGAAACCUCUGACAAGGUGAGGAACUACCGCAUCUUUGAGAAGGACUCUAAAUUCUACCUGGAGAGCGAGGUCCUGUUUGUGAGUGUGGGCAGCCUGGUGGAACACUACCACACCCACGUGCUGCCCAGCCACGAGAGCCUGCUGCUGCAGCACCCCUACGGCUACGCUGGGCCCAGGUGACACCUGUGCCGUGCACUGCUGGGCAGAGGUGACCCUGGGGGCCAUGACCCCAGGCCAUGCGGAUGAAGACUGGCCUGCAUGGGAGCGUGAGCAGGAACAAGCACCGUGCUGUGACCUGGGGCCUCCCCCACUGACACCCUAUGGAAUCUGCCAGGCCAGGCCCCACCCAGCAGGCUGGGUCCCCUGGGCUAGGCCAGGCCCUGGGCUCCAGAGGACUGGGGACUCUCCUAUCCCACCCUGCCUGCCCUGCCCACUUCUCAGGAGCCCAGGGUCCCAGGACAGAGCCCUGCCUGGGCUUCACAGAUAGGAAUUCUGGUCCCCUCAGCAUACCCAUCCUGCGCUGGGCUAGGAGCUGGGCAGGGUUGGGGCAUUUGGGCUGGGGGCAGGGGCUGGCCCCAGGAUCCCCCAGGAACGCUAAGACACAGGCUCCAGGAGGGGCUGUUGCCACACAAUAAAGCACAGAAGACCUUUG